AUGCAUUUGCCAAGGUCUGCUCUGAUCAGAAUGGAGUAAGUUUUGAAUCUUUUAUUUUAGCUAUAGGAUUUGUCAAUUGAUAAAUUAGAUUAGUUAAAGCACUUAGCUGACAAGAAAUGUCUGCUUGAUUAUUUGAUGUUGAUGCUGGACUCAAAGAUUGCUCUUUAAAAUAGAUAUUUACUGGCAUUUGUUGAAGAACUUGAAUUCUCCUAGAGGUUAGCUUAAGAUGAUUAAUAAAGAGAUGACGAAGAAGAAAUAACUGAGAAGAUGCUUGAGGAUUAAUUUAAUUAUGGAACACAGUUGGCUAGAGUAGCUAGCACAGGCACAGAGUAUUAUUACAUGAAAAAGACAAAGAAAUACAUCUCAGACUAUUACCCUACAUUUCUACAUAAGAUAAAAGUAGAAUUUGAGGCGAUCGAUGAAAAUGCUACUAAAAACAUGGAUGAAUUAGGAAGUGUUGCUGUUGAUUUAACUCUAUAGAUGCUCAAACUCAAGAUUUAUGUGGCUUAAGAUGGAUUCCACAUUGGUAAAUUGAAUGUCUUUAAGACAGAAGAUUUUCUAAAAAUUGAAAAGAAAGUUAAUGAAGAAAUUUAAGAAUUGAGAAAUUAUCCUAUUACAGAGAAGCCUAAAGUUGAAAAACCAGAUUUCAGUAUCAUCAAUAUUUGA